AUGUCUCACAAAUCCAAUGACGCCUUGCGCGUCCAGCCUGCUCCAAGAUCCGGACGCUCUCCCAGUCGCUCUCCCAGACCGAAGAACCGCAAGAAGGCCCCCGCGACGACCUCCAGUUAUGCCUCGGAAGGUGUUCAGGACAACAACAUCUUCAAUCUUCCCUCCUCGGACUACAGGGCGCUCGCACUCCUCACCCUUAUUGCGGCGGUGGUCCGGUUGUUUAGAAUCUACCAACCCUCGAGCGUGGUCUUUGACGAAGUCCACUUCGGCGGAUUUGCGACCAAGUACAUCAAGGGCCGGUUUUUCAUGGACGUUCACCCUCCCCUCGCCAAGUUGCUCAUCACUCUUGCCGGCUGGCUGGCUGGAUUCGAUGGCUCAUUCGAUUUCAAAGAGAUUGGAAAGGAUUAUCUGGAACCGGGUGUGCCAUAUGUUGCGAUGCGCUUGCUUCCCGCGGUGAUGGGUGUGCUGACCGUACCCAUCAUGUUUUUGACCCUGAAAGCCGCGGGUUGUCGUUCCUCGGCUGCCGCUUUGGGUGCGGGUGCUGUGAUCUUCGAGAACGGUCUCGUCACCCAGUCUCGUCUCAUUCUCCUUGAUUCGCCGUUGGUGUUCUUCACAUCGUUGACCGCCUUGUCCUUCACGUGCUUCACAAACCAGCAUGAAUUGGGUCCCGCGUACGCCUUCCGUGCACCCUGGUGGUUCUGGCUGGCCGCAACGGGUCUGUCUCUGGGUGCUACCCUAAGUGUGAAAUGGGUCGGCCUUUUCACCGUCGCCUGGGUUGGUUCUCUCACUGUUCUUCAGCUGUGGGUGCUGCUGGGAGAUUCCAAGACCGUCACACCCCGCCUAUGGUUCAAGCAUUUCUUUGCUCGCGUCUUCUGCCUCAUCAUUAUUCCCCUUGGAUUCUACUGUGGAAUGUUCGCCAUCCACUUCCUGUGCUUGGUUAACCCGGGAGAGGGCGAUGGCUUCAUGUCGUCCGAGUUCCAGGCGACUUUGAACUCCAAGGCCAUGCAGGAUGUCCCGGCCGAUGUCGUCUUCGGGUCUCGGGUUUCCAUCCGGCAUCUGAACACGCAAGGCGGCUAUCUUCACUCCCACCCUCACAUGUACCCCACGGGAAGUAAACAGCAACAGGUCACCCUCUACCCCCACAAGGACGACAACAAUGUCUUCGUCAUGGAGAACCAAACCCAGCCUCUUGGACCGUACGGUGAAAUCGCUGGCCCCUUUGCUUGGGACAACAUAACUGCUGAAUAUGUGGAGGAUGGCGCCGUGAUCCGUCUCAAUCAUCUGACGACCGGUAGAAGAAUCCAUUCGCAUGAUGAGCGACCUCCUGUGACGGAUGUGGACUGGCAGUUCGAGGUGUCUGCCUACGGUUAUGAGGGUUUCCCCGGUGAUGCCAAUGACAUGUUCCGUGUGGAAAUCGUCAAGUCGCACUCAGACGGAGAGGAAGCGAAGAAGCGUGUUCGGACGAUCCAGACAAAGUUCCGCUUGGUCCACGUCAUGACCGGCUGUGUGCUUUUUUCGCACAAGGUCAAGCUUCCGGAAUGGGGCUGGGAACAACAAGAGGUUACUUGCGCCAAGGGAGGCACUUUGCCCAACAGUCUCUGGUAUGUCGAGUCCAACAGCCACCCGAUGUUGCCCGCGGAUGCGGAGAAGGUCAACUACCGUAACCCUGGCUUCUUGGGUAAAUUCUGGGAGCUCCAGAAGGUCAUGUGGACUACCAACGCUGGAUUGACUGAGUCCCACGCAUGGGACUCCCGUCCACCUUCUUGGCCCACUCUCCUUCGCGGUAUCAACUUCUGGGGUAGAGAUCAUCGCCAGAUUUACCUCCUCGGUAACCCCUUUAUCUGGUGGUCCUCCACCGUGGCCAUCGGUAUCUACAUCAUCUUCAAGGGCAUUGCAAUUCUCCGCUGGCAGAGAAAUUGCGGUGACUACCGGAACGUGAAUUUCAAGCGCUUCGACUACGAAAUCGGUACCACCGUGCUUGGCUGGGCGUUCCAUUAUUUCCCGUUCUUCCUCAUGGCUCGUCAGCUGUUCCUUCACCACUACUUCCCUGCUCUCUACUUCGCGAUCCUUGCCCUCAGCCAGGAAUUUGAUUUCCUGGCUAACCGUGUGAAGGCUUUUGGAUUGGCAUCUAAGCCGGCAAUUGGCAAGGUUCUGGCCUCUAUCUUCCUCGCAGGCGGCAUCUUCGCCUUUACGCUUUACUCGCCACUGGUAUAUGGCAACCCCUGGACACAGGAUGCCUGCCGAAGUGUGAAGCUCCUGAGCAGCUGGGAUUUCGAUUGCAACACCUUCUAUACCGAUCUGUCCCAAUACGUCACUGAAUUUUCAAGCCUGAACGCCGCUGUACCAACGACACAAGCCCAAGCUCCUUCUUCACAGGCGCCCCCUGUUGCGAUCCCACCCCAGCAACAACAGCAACAGCAGGUGAAGCAGGAUCAACAGCAACAAGCAGGCCAAGGAAAGGCGGAAGAAGCCCGAGUCACCUCGCAGGCUCAACCGCAACCGCCUCGUGCUCAGGCACGGGUUGAAUAUCGUGACCAAAAUGGGAACCUCCUCGACGAAGAAGUAGUUUCGUCCUUGGCCGCGGAGGGGAAGGUGUCGUUCGAGACCCGGCAUGAGACGAAGACUCAGCUAGCGAAUGGACAUUUGGUCGAUAUGGUUGACGGCAAAGUGGCUCCCCCCGCUCCGCCACACCCAGAUGUUGAAGGUCAGAACCCCGAGACCCUCCAGAAACAGGAGCAAGUUCCUGUCGAGGGUGGACCGGCUUCCGCAGCUGGGGACGGAAGCUCCGUCGAAGAACCAUCAUCGCCUAAAGCCAAACCUGCCAGCGAGGGUAACGAGGCGACUGAGGUUUGA